AUGUCGCAACCAAUCCCCAUAAACAGCGGGACCGUAGUACCGCAAUACGAUGAUAUACCGCUUGGAGUCCCGCAUCUUCUCAUGGUGCCUGGAGAAAUCCGAAACCGAAUCUACGUCCUCGCAGUCGCCGACGUUCUCAACAAGGGCACCAUGCCAGGCCUUGCGCACCCAAAACGCGAGGCGCGAACAACUCGCGAGGCGCAGCUUCUCACUCGCAACUGGCGCCUGUACAGACGAUCCUGCCUGGGCCUGACUCAAGUGUGUCGCCAGCUGCGCAACGAGUUCCUGCCCAUAUACCGAGCGCGCAUCCCUAUCUCCGUCCGCAUCACCGAGCUCGAAGCAUAUAUUUGUGUCUUUGUCAUGCCGCAGAAAGUCGGCAACAUUAGAAUGGAGAUCGACGAUGGUGACCAGACCACUGAGUUGCGCGAUGCUGUCAUUCUGUGCGCCUCCACGCCUCGCAUCAGAAUCACCUAUGGCUGGGCCACGAUCCAGAUGAUCCGUCUCGUCCAUCGCCCAGAAGAACAUGGAAGAUUCUACAUGUUCCUUUCUGAGUGCGUGAAACAGUUGGUGGUCGUGCCGAAAGCCUGGCGAGUAGCUACCAGAUGGAACGGGAUGUCGAAGAUUGUUGUGCUGGAGAGACUGGAAGUGUAUGUGAAGACUGAUCUCGAGGAGCAAUGGAUGAAGGCGCUUGUGGAAGACCUAGACGUGAGCCAUCUGAGUAAGUGGCGCUUGGAUCUUGGAUUACCGGUCGAUGUGAACGUGGUGCCUAGGGUUGGUCAGUACAACCAGCCCACUACCGAAGUCUACGGGAUCGAGUGA